AUGUGGUCCACGGGCAAACAUGCGCAGAAGCUGCACGGGGAGCCUGGCCGCGUGAUGGGCCUGCACUUCCUCAGAAGCAGACACGCUUCUCCCCGACCAGCAGAAGAGCGCGUCUCCCCGACCCUGUCGCUUCUCCCGCCACGGUCACCUCUUCUCUCCUGUUGGCCUGGCUGGAGAGUCGAGGGUCGCCCCGCAGGUGGGCUGUGGCCGCGACUGCUCCUCCGGCCCGCAGGGGGCGCUGUGGGAAGGCGCGCCCGCGCUCCCCGACCGGCGCCCCCGCACGCGCCCCGCCGCGGGAAAGACCGGGAGGUCGGCGGAGCCGCAGACCGAGGGGCCGGGGCCGGGGCCGGGGCCGGGCGGGAGCGCCGGGGCCAUGGCCCAGCGGGCUCGGGCACGUUUGCUGUUCAGUGGAUUAGUGAGAUCAUAAAUUUGACAAUGACCUGUGUGAACGUUCCAGGAUUAAAUCUACAAAAGACAUGCACUACCUUGGUAGAGACAAUGUUACCUCUGACUUUCGAGGAUGUUGCCAUUUACUUCUCGGAGCAGGAAUGGCAGAGUCUGGAGGCCUGGCAGAGGGAGCUUUACGGACACGUAAUGAGAACCAAUUACGAGACUCUCGCCUCUCUAGAUGGUGGACUUCCCAAACCAGAACUAAUAACCUGGAUUGAACAGCAAGGAGAGCCAUUCGGGGGUUGCACAGAAUCACAGAAAUCAGGACACAUAAUUUGCUCCUCUGCUGAUACACAUUUUGGUCCAGCUGUUGAGGAACAGUUGUUUUGGGUUUCAGGAAGCCAGCAACUGGUGAGCUCAGGAGAAACUAAAUGCCAUUUCCAGGCAGGCCCUCUUCGGAGCCAGCAUUCCUCUGGACUCUCUUUAGGAGGCAGGGAAGCUGUUUCCUCUAGGCCUGACCAGGACCUCACAGAGACGGAGACCAAGAACCCACAGGGACGCAGCCCCAGGGCUCCUAAUGCAGUAGGCCUUGGCUGCAGCGAAUCUCCCUACAGAGAGGGAAUCCCAAGGCACCGAGCUCCGAGUGUCCCCUCGCGGGAGAGCUCCCAGCACCCCUGCCAUGACCGUGGGGAGAACUUCUGGAAGAAGGGCCGCUUGGGAAAGCAGCAGAGGAGCCGCCCCCAGGACCUGCCGCAGAAAGCCUGCAAGGUCAGCCACAGAGCCGGUGCCCGGCCGGUCGGCGUCCCCGGGGCAGGGAGGCACUGCCCGUGUCGGGAGUGCGGGCAGGGCUUCCGCCGGAAGCAGUACUUGCUGAGGCGGCUGACUGCCCACACGGGGAAGUGUGAGAUGUGUUUCUGCCACAGGCGGAGCCCCCUCGCCCACCACCUCCCGCACAAGGGGGAGAAGCCUUCGCAGCAUCCCAAAUGCAGCCCGGGCUUCCCGCCGACGAGCAGCGCGCAGGCUCCCCAGUGCCAGCCUGGCAGAGAGACGCCGGGCUCCUGGAGGCGAGGCCGCAGGGCCUUCCCCGGCGUGCAGUCAGGGCAGAAGCCAGGGCAGAAGCCAGGCCCCCGCCACCCCCGGGGCGACGCAGAGGCGGGCGGCAGGUGCCUCCCCACAAGGUCCAAGCUCGCCAACCGCCUGAGGGUGCACGCGGGAGAAAGGCCCUUCCCGGGCCCCAGCGGCCCGCCGAUGGCCCAGCAGCGCGGGCCCGGCGGGGAGAGACCGGUCUCCCGCGGGAAGUGUGGCCCGGGCUUCCCCAAACAGCACAAGCUCGCCGAGCACGUCCGAGCCCACGGCGGAGAGAAGCCUCUCCGGUGCGCCGAGUGCGGCCGGAGCUUCGGUCAGACGGCGCAGCUGCGGCGGCACCAGCGGCUGCACACGGAGGAGAAGGCCUUUCCGUGCCCGGACUGCGGCCGGAGCUUCCGCCUGCAGAGCCUGUUGAGAGCCCACCGGCUCCGCCACGGCGCAGAGCAGCCAUUCUCGUGCGGCGAGUGCGGCCGCGGCUUUAGCCACCAGUGCAAGCUGCGCGAGCACCUGCGGGUGCACAGCGGGGAGAGGCCCUUCCGGUGCCCGGACUGCGGCAAGAGCUUCCGGCUGAAGGGCAUCCUCAAGGCGCACCAGCGCACCCACAGCGCGGAGCGGCCCUUCUCCUGCGGCGAGUGCGGCAAGGGCUUCACCAGGCAGUCCAAGCUCACGGAGCACUUCCGCGUGCACAGCGGGGAGCGGCCCUUCGGCUGCUCCGAGUGCGACAGGAGCUUCCGCCUGAAAGGGCAGCUGCGGAGCCACCAGCGCCUGCACACGGGAGAGAGACCCUUCCAGUGCCCGGACUGCGACAAGCGCUACCGCGUGAAAGCCGACAUGAAAGCCCACCAGCUGCUGCACGGCGGCGCGAUGCCCUUCUCCUGCGAGUGUGGCAAGGGCUUCGCGAAGCAGUCCAAGCUCAUCGAGCACGUCAGGACGCACACGGGGGAGAAGCCCUUCCAGUGUCCCCAGUGUGACAAGAGUUUCCGCCUGAAGGCCCAGCUGCUUAGCCACCAGGGCCUGCACACCGGGGAGAGGCCUUUCCACUGCCCUGAGUGCGACAAGGACUUCCGGGAAAGGGGACACAUGCUGAGGCACCAGCGCAUCCACAGGCCAGAGAGGCCCUUUGCCUGCGGUGACUGUGGGAAGGGCUUCAUCUAUAGAUCUAAGCUCGCUGAGCACGCCCGAGUGCAUGCCAAGUCCUGCCGUGCGCAGGACCAGCCUGACGUUGAGAAAAGGCUUAGCCAGCUGUUUGCAAUGAUAGAAGCUGAUUGGAGCUGAGGCACAGUGCGCCAUCGAGGCAACUCAGGAGGUCUUCAAAACUUCAUGAUAAAGGCAUGUUAUGAAAGACACUGCGUGGCUUUCACUUUUUUUUUUUUUUUUUUUUUUUUUUUUUUUUGCUGCACAGGGGGAAAGACAGAAAGAGAGAGAGCUCUUCCAUCCACUAGCUCACUCCUCAAGUGCCUGCCACAGCUGGGAUAGCCAGCCAGGAACUCCCACCUGGGUGGUACUGACCCAAAUCCUUUGGUCUUUAUCCAUGGCCUCCCAGGCACAUUAGCAGGAAAGUUGUGUCAGAAGCGGGGUAGUCAGUACUCACCAGGCACUCCAAUAUGGUAUGCAGGCAUCCCGAGUGGCAAUUUAACCAGUAGUACCCCUGUGCAUGCCCUAAACUUACCUUUUCAUUCAGUUUUCCAUGAAUUUUUUUUCCCCAAAGAUUUUUAUUUGAAAGUUGGAGUUAGCGAGAGAGGGAGAGACAAAGAAGUCUUUCACCUGCUGGUUCGCUCCCCAAAUGGCCACAGUGGUUGGGGCUGUGCCAGGCUGAAGCCAGGAGCCAAGAGUUUCUUCUGAGUCUCCCAUGUGGGUGGCAGGGCCAUCUCUGGCCCCCUGCAUGAACUUUUUGAAGUCCCACAUAAACAUGUGGAAUUGCAGGGAAGAGGUGGGUCUUUCCUAUUUGUUACACUAGAUGGAAGUUGUAUGGACACCAAAUAGGUAUACUUCAGGGACAGAAUAUACUCUAUACUCAACAAUUCCUGCUUUUCAGAGGGUUUAUGGUCAGGUAGGAGAUGGCUGACAGGGAGGCAUUUGGCACAAUGGUUAAGAUGAUACUUGGGGGGCCAGUGCUGUGGCUCAGUGGGUUAAUCCUCUGCCUGAGGCGCUGGCAUCCCAUAUGGGUGCUGGGUUCUAGUCCCGGUUGCUCCUCUUCCAGUCCAGCUCUCUGCUGUGGCCGGGGAGGGCAGUGGAGAAUGGCCCAAGUAUUUGGGCCCCUGUACCUGCAUGGGAGACCAGGAAGAAGCACCUGACUCCUGGCUUCAGAUCUGUGCAGCACCAGCCAUAGUGGCCAUUUGGGGAGUGAACCAACGGAAGGAAGAUCUUUCUCUCUCUCACUGUCUGUAACUCUACCUGUCAAAUUAAAAAAAAAUAUCCAAUGUCUUAGUUCAAGUCUUUCCCCAGCCUCCAUUUCCAGCUGCCUGCGUAUGUGCGCCCAGGGAGGGAGCAGUACUUGGGUUGCUGCCACCCAUGUAGGAGACUGGGAUAGAGUUCUGAGCUCCCAGCUUCAGCCUGGCCCAGUCCUGCCUGCUGUGGGCAUCUGAGGCGUGAACCAGCCUAUGGAAGAUCUCUUUGUCACUCUGUCUCUACCUUUCAAAUAAAUAUUUUUUAAAAAAAUUAAUUUUUAAAAAUGGCUUACAAAAUUCUGAGGGAUGAUAGGAAAUGAAAUUACAGGUAAAUAUAAAUGACAUUACUAUAAAACGGUGUUACACAAAUUAAAUUCCCUGGGACAAAGGCUCCAAAAAUAUUCUGCAAGAAAAGAGUUACAUGGAAAGUUACAUAAAGAUCCUAAUUAAAUUGUUGCUCCAUUCUUAGACAAAGUUUAUAAAGCAUUUGAAGAAAAACUUCCACAUAAAAGAGGAAGACCAAGAUAAGAAAAAAAAUUUGGAUGAAUCAUAUAAUUUAGGGAAUAAAAACAAAAAUUUAAAAACAUGCAUACUCAGAAAAAUUAGAGAAGAUGCUGUUAUUAUGAAACAAGAAUAUAACUUUAUGGAAAAGGAAGCUUCUGGAAACAACCCUAACAUGUUAAGAAAAAUGGAUUGUUUAAUAAAAGUUUUGAAUUUCAUGGUAGGAUUAGUCAAAGAAAUCUCCAGAAAGUAGCACAGAAGAUCCAACAAGUAGAAAAUAAGA